AUGCCUAGAAGAUUUGUUCCUACCAGUUCCCAGUGGACCAUCUACCGUAGGAUGCGCGUGAGAGGGCCCUCUCACCGCCGCAUCGGACCCAGCGAACACUCCCCAAACCACCAGAUCGACCGUCGCGGUGGCUCGCCGCCGACGCAGCGGGAACUGCUAGAACACCAGGAACGUCGCUGCGACGACACCGACCCUGUAGAGCUGCUGCAGAGAGAAAGGGAGCCGUUGCUGCACGCAACCCCUAACACAGGCAGAGAGAGGAUCCUGUGCGCCGAGCUCAGCCCAGCCAGCAGCUCAUCCAUCCCCGACCCAUCGACGCAGCCAGCACCCACCACAACACUAUGGCCGCACGCGAGUGACGCGUCGCCUCCGACGCCUGCUCUCAUCCGAACCUCCCUCCUCGCUCCGUCUCGCUCACCCUUCAGCUGUAGUCCAGCCCACCGCCAGGAUGCAGCUCACCCGGGACACAGACGCGCGGGCGGAGGCCACGUUCUCCACACCACCGCCAUCAUCCUCGCCUCCUGCGUCUCGGCUGGUGACGCUGAUCGCUUCGACGAACCCAGCCAGGCCCACCGAUCGCAGCGCUCGAGCCCCCGAUCGACGCGUUUCGCUGCUACGGCAGUCGUACGUGCAACACACAUUGCGCCUGGGCCAAAGGUUGAUGCGAUAAGAAAGCACUUCAGCGAAAGCAAGGAGGAUUCAACCCACAAGCUUCCAUGGAGCCAACUCGACACGAGCCUCUACACUAAGGUCAAGACAUCCAAUGAUGACUCAGAUACGUUCCGUCAACGCUUUCCUGUAGCCUCUCGUAUACCAUUGCAUAGAAGGGUCAGCAGCAGGCAAGGGGAGCCACAGUUUGUUGUAGAGAGUAAAGGUCGAGUAAAGAGGCCAAGGCUGUCCAUAACUGCGCGGACGGCUUCAAGGUCAAGAUCACUGUCUUUUAACACCGCUCCAACAAGUGCCUCGACAGCUGUAGCCAUCAUUCGGUUCGAGAUACGUGCAACGUGACCAGCGUCUCAAUCAUAAAAGCGUCGAGACUGUAGUUAAAACCACGGUUAGCAACUCCCUUUUCCAAG